AUGUUAAGUUUAAUAACCGAGAAACCGAACUACAAUGAAGGUCUCCGGCAUCACGUCGGUAUCAAAAUGGCAUCUCGGGAUCAUCGACUCGGUUUCCGAAACACAAAUAUCAGACCCCAAGAUCGUCCCAGCAUUGCACUAAUACCUCGGGACCGUCACCUCGGUGUGCCAGAUAUAACUAUAAAUAGCAGCAUUAAAGUCGAUACGAGGGGGGAUUUCCAACACAUUAAUCCAAGCAUUUAUUACCUCGGUCUCCUUGUUACCGACCUCCUGUACUAUAAUACCGACUUACCAUAUUCUGUAACCGACCUCAGCAAAUUCAAUAAAACGUCUAUUUUCUACAACAGCAAGGAAGAUUCCACAAUAAGCCGGAUUACAGAAUUAUUGACCGAGGGCCAAUUCGAGAUGUUUAAGAAAACUGUGUUCGGCAAAUUCCUGGACAUACCUCACUAUGCUCCGUUUCGGCAUAGAAGAGUUUGCACUGAUAUCAGGAAUGCCAUGCAUUGUAUCCAGCGAGAAAUUAACCUCUCCACAGUGACUGGCGGUCUCUACGACACAUACUUCUCCAGGUUUCGAUUGAGUAGGCAAGAGAUACGAAGUCAAUUUAUCUAUAAGGUCUGGAAGAAUGAUGAAGACGCCAUGAAGUUUGCAAAGCUACACUUGUUAGCAAAUUUCUUACUUGGGACCCAAGACACACUAUUGCUUGACAGACGCUAUCUCGACAUAAUUGAUAGCGAUGAGUGUGAGGAGUAUGCAUGGGGGAAAGAGGUGUUUGAAUUCACUGUUCACUAUUUGAAGAAGACGUUGCCCAAUUGGCAGAAGAUGCAUACGAGAGGAGACAAAGAAAAGAGUGAAUAUCUAUUCAGAUGCUAUGGAUUUAUCCUAGCAUUACAAAUCUGGUUUUAUGAGAUCUGCGACACAGCUAAUGGUCUCAUUUGCACACGCAGUGUCGGUGAAGAUGUGCCUCGUAUGUUGAGGUGGGAGGUUAAGGGAACCCACAACAGAUCGAAACUUCAGAGACAUUUCAUGAACUUGCCACAUGACAAGUUCAACAACUUGAGUCCGACAACUAUUGAGAAAUCCAGUCUUAAUUUGAAUGGGUUCUUCAAGAAAAGAAACGAAUUUCUGGGUGGAAAUCUUGUUGCACCAUCACAUGAUCAGUUUGUAUCCGACGGUCCAAACAAUGACAAGGGCGGUGCCAAUGCAGGUCAUCCUCAGUCAAAGGAAGUCGAUGACCCAGUUGGACGAGAUACCGACGUGGGAAAUGAUCCAAACCUAAAUGCUAUGAAGGGCAAGACUGAUGAAGCAAUCAACCAGAAUGCUAUGAACGACACAUCCCACGACGUUGCUAUGAACCAAUGUGAUGGUGUGGCCAUACUUGCUAAGCCUAUGAAACCACCUGUGUUAAACCCUGUUAUAGCCACUUCAUAUAAACGGAAUGUGAUUAAAAAUUCAAGUCCAUUCAAUGUUCCGUUCUGGAAGAAUAUAUUUGAAGUUGACACAGAGGACUUCAUGAGGUGGCUAAGAAUGGGUAUGCUUCGGACUUAUCAAAAGAUCCGUGAACACGAGUUCGAGCACUACCUUAAGAGAUUCAGGCCGCUGAAGCCGCCAUUCGACUUCAAUGUUCACCAUAUCACUGAUAAGAAUUGGUUUAUGACUCUGGUUGAACCUGGUUCCUUCCUUGAUGACACUAGUCGUGUUUUCAAUGUUGAUCAUAUUCUCUUUCCAAUUCAUAUUGAUUUGAACGGUGUUGGCCACUGGGUACUGGGACGAUUAUCCAUUGGUGAGAGGAGGCUCGUUGCAUACAAUUCUUUGCGAUCAGAAGAGUUUGACAAGAUUCUCUACGAUGGUGUUCGGUGCUAUUCUACUCUCAUUCCUAUUUUCCUCGGUAUGGUCCAUUUCUACUCCAAAAGGACCGACAUCAACAGUGUGGGAGAAGCAUUCGAUGGAAAAGGGGUGAAUGAUCCACUUGAUGUUAUUAUGGCUGAAAAUCUUCCUCAGCAGGAGCAAGGUGACUGCGGAAUAUUUGUUGCCUCAUUUGCUGAAUACUUCAUCACUAAGUUUGAUCUCCCGACCGACUAUCUUCCCGACACAGAGAGGAUGAGGUACUCAUACGAGCUAUACCAACAUGGUCGUAUGAAGCAAAAACAUUCUUGA